GUGAUUAUGUGUAAGUUUCAAUAUCUUUCCAGUAAUUUUAGCUCUUCAUUAGAAAUUUCUGGUGAAGCCUUACUUUUCCUCUUUUCCUGUGUUGAAAUUGGAUGUAUACUUGAUUUCAGUAACAAUCUUCAAAUAAAGGAGUGGAAAUGAAAUAGAAAAAAGAAUCCACUCCCCUCUUCCUUAGAUACGUACACGUCUAUACUCUGAGCAUUGACUCUAAAAUCUAAAUGUUGCACAAAUGCCAGUUUUGCUUGGUCACCUUUCAUGCUGUAUCUUAUUCAUCAUCAGAAGCCUGGUUGUUUUCACUCUUUAGUGCAAACCUUACCUUUCGAGGAGAUCCAAGAACCCAAGAGUUCAUUUUUUUUUCUCCUCACGGACUCGGAAACCCCAGAUCCUCCUCUGUCUACCGAAAAGAAACAACCUUCGGAUCACAGAGAAGCUGAGAGACGGUCGUUGCUCCGAAGAAGGAGAUCUCUGUUUCCUAAUGGAGUAAAAAUCUGCCCAGAUGAAAGUGUUUCAGAGGCUGUGGCAAAUCAUGUGAAGUAUUUUAAAGUCCGAGUGUGUCAGGAAGCUGUCUGGGAAGCCUAUAGAACUUUUUGGGAUCGCCUUCCUGAGCGUGAGGAAUAUCGUCACUGGAUGAAUUUGUGUGAGGAUGGAAUCACAAGUAUAUUUGAAAUGGGUACAAAUUUUAGUCGGUCUGUGGAACAUCGAAACUUAAUCAUGAAGAAACUGACUUACACAAAGGCAACUGUAAGCAGUUCCUGCGGUGACAGGGCCUGUGGCCCUGAAUUGUCAUCUCCAGUUCCUGUUGAAGAUACCUCGACAUUGGGAAGUGCUGCUGUCAGUGUUCCGUAUCCAGGGGUGGCUUCCUAUGAAGGUGCCUCAGAGAGCAGCUUGGAGAGGCCUGAGGAGAGUAUUAGCAAUGAGAUUGAGAAUGUGGUAGAGGAACCCACCAAACCGGCAGCUGAGCAGAUUGCAGAAUUCAGCAUCCACCUCUCGGGGAGCCAGUACAGGGAAGAACUGCAGGAUCCCUCCAGCUCCCACUACCAGCACCUUGUCGAAGAGUUUAUUUCAGAGGUGGAAAACGCAUUUACUGGGUUACCGGGCUAUAAGGACAUCCGAGUACUUGAAUUUAGGCCCCCCAAGGACAAUGGCAGUGGUGUAGAUGUUCAUUAUGCAGUUACCUUCAAUGGUGAGGCCAUCAGCAACACCACGUGGGACCUAAUUAGCCUUCACUCCAAUAAAGUGGAAAACCAUGGCCUUGUGGAAUUGGAUGAUAAGCCCACUGCUGUUUAUACGAUUAGUAACUUCAGAGAUUAUAUUGCUGAGACAUUGCACCGCAACUUUUUGCUGGGGAAUUCCUCCUUGAAUCCAGAUCCUGCAUCCCUUCAGCUUAUCAAUGUGAGAGGAGUUUUACUUCCUCAAACUGAAGACCCAGCUUGGAACACCCAAAGUUCAGGUGUUCAGGCAACCACACCAUCUAUGCUGGGUAAUACCCUUCAAGCUGAAUGGCCCUCAGCAGAAGAAUCCACUACCAGCAACGUCUCACCACUUGAUUUCAGCUCUGGUCCUCCCUCCACCACUGGCAGGGAAUUCUGGUCAGAAAGCCCUUUGGGUGAUAUAGUGUCUACAUCCAAAUUAGCCCUUCCCUUGAAGGUGGACCUCAGUUCUUCCCCAGAGGUUUUAGAGGUUAGCAGCUUGACUCUUCAUUCUGUCACCCCAGAAGUGCUUCAGACCGGCUUGCCUGUGGCUUCCGAGGAAAGGACUUCUGCAUCUCAGUUAUUAGAAGAAGGAUUAACUAAUGUUGAAGGGUCAGAAGAUUAUCUUUCUGUUGACCCGUUGCCUUCAAGUUCAUUGACUCUUCAUGUGCCAAAAGAGACAGUACCACCCACUGAAGACUCUGAGGUGCUUUGGACAUCCUCACCAUAUCCGGCCUCCCCUGCCACAUUAGAUCUUCUUGCUAAAGAAAUAACUACACCCUUUGGCUUGGACUCUGUGGCCUCCAAAGUCAAAGACCAAUUAGAAGUGAGCACUUUGCUGCCAGGCACAUACAUGGAAAAAGAAUUUAUGUUUGAGAGUGGUUUAGGUUCAGGAUCUGGGCAAAAGGUAGAGCUGAUUACUUGGCCAUGGACUGAGACUUUAUUAGAGAAGAAGACUGAACCACUGUCCAAGUUAUGGCUUGAAGAUGAAGAUUCAUUUUUGCCAACUAAGGGUGUAGAUGAGAAGCUAGUUAUAGAUGACAGAAUGGAUUCAGCAGAGCAAAUUAUUGAGCAUUCUUCAAAAGAUGGGCAAGAUGAUAGAUACACAAACUUUACAGAAGAAAAGCCCCUUGGUGGACCUACUGUGCCUGUCUUUGGAGAGACCACAGUCCAAUCUGUAUCUCUAAUUCUGUCCAAGAAUACAUCAGAGGUACCUGACACUGACUAUUACUCAGUUACCAAAACACCUCUUGUCUUGGCAUCUGCAGAGAUCUCCACCUCUACUGAUAAGCUAGAUCAAAUAGACUCCUUCCUAAGGGAGGAUACGGAACAGACUUCAGAGUCAUCUAGCCAUGAAUGGUUUGAAAGCGAGGUUUCAACAGUGAAGCCAGACAUGCAGUCUUUGUGGACCAUAUUGCCAGAAUCAGAUGCAGUCUGGGCAAGAACUUCUUUCCUAGGGAAAUUAUCCAGAGACACAUUGGCAAGUACAACACAGAGCACUGACAAGCUCUGGUUGAAAGCUUCCAUGGCAGAGUCUACCAAACUGCCUCCAACCACAAGAUCCACCCAGCUGGAGGAUGAAGUAAUUAGGGGUGUACAGGAUAUUUCAUUAGAACUGGACCGAGUAGGCACGGAUUACUAUCAGCCUGAGCUAACCCAUGAGGAAAGUGGCAAGAUUGGUGGUUAUGUGGAAAUGUCUACAAAUGUUCACUCUGCAGAAAUGGGUGUUGUGACUCAGCCCACAAAGGGAGGGGACUUGAGUGAUACUCAGACAGCAGGAGCUUUGGUGGUUUUCUUCAGCCUCAGAGUGACUAACAUGAUGUUUUCAGAAGAUCUGUUUAAUAAAAACUCUUUGGAAUAUAAAGCCCUGGAGCAAAGAUUCUUAGAAUUGCUGGUACCCUAUCUUCAGUCAAAUCUCACAGGAUUCCAGAACUUGGAAAUCCUGAACUUCAGAAAUGGCAGCAUUGUGGUGAACAGCCGAAUGAAGUUUGCCAAGUCUGUACCUGCUGAUGUCAACAAUGCCGUGUACAUGAUUCUGGAAGACUUUUGCAACACUGCCUACCAAACUAUGAACUUGGCUAUUGAUAAAUACUCCCUUGAUGUAGAAUCAGGCGAUCAAGCCAACCCUUGCAAGUUUGAGGCCUGCAAUGAAUUUUCUGAGUGUCUGGUCAACCCUUGGAGUGGAGAAGCAGAGUGCAGAUGCCACCCUGGCUAUCUGAGUGUGGAAGAACUGCCCUGUCAGAGUCUCUGUGACCUACAGCCUGACUUCUGCUUGAACGAUGGAAAGUGUGACAUUAUACCUGGGCAUGGGGCCAUUUGUAGAUGCCGGGUGGGUGAGAACUGGUGGUAUCGAGGUGAGCACUGUGAGGAGUUUGUGUCAGAGCCCUUGGUGAUUGGCAUCACCAUCGCCUCCAUUGUCGGACUGCUGCUCAUCUCUUCUGCUGUCAUCCUCUUCCUCGUCAAGACUCUUCAGGCUCAAUAUGCUAGGAGCGAAAGAGAGAUGCCUUUCAGCAGGCAGCCUGACAGCCUCUCAUCCGUUGAGAAUGCUGUGAAGUACAACCCUGUGUAUGGAAGCCACAGGGCUGGAUGCGAGCAGUACCAGGGACCCUAUCCCCAGCGUCCCUUCUACAACUCUGCUAGCGGAGAAGUGAUUGGUGGUCUGAGCAGAGAAGAAAUCCGACAGAUGUAUGAGAGCAGCGAACUUUCCAGAGAGGAAAUUCAAGAAAGAAUGAGAAUUUUGGAACUCUAUGCCGAUGAUCCUGAGUUUGCAGCUUUUGUGAGACAGCAUCAAAUGGAAGAGCUUUAAGCAAAACUCCCGUUUUGAAACCGAUUAGAAGCCUUGAGAAGAUGGAGAUCGCUUGUUACCUACAUCACGUAAUUAACCUGGAUUUUGAAUUCUGUUGGAAGAAGAGAUUAAAAAUAAAAUAAAAUUUAGGGCACGUAUUUCCAGCUUAGUGUUUCAGAAUGUAUAAGAGAUAUGACUAUUUAUACCUACAGAGACCAAAAGCUGCGUUUAAAGAAGUUCAAAUCUGUAUGAGCUCUGGAAACUGUCUGUAAGAACAAAGCUGGGCCUGGGAGUCAGGGCUGCACUUCUCUCUGCUUCUGAAUCUUUGAGUCUCUUAAUAACUGUGCCUCCGUUUUCCUAGCAGGAAAAUAAGAUGAAAUUAUUACCAGGAGAAGUCAUGCUUAGUAAGUGAAUAUUUUGUAGCAUAUUUGUUAUUGUCAGGUGGAAUGAGAAGCCUUUGAAAUAGUCUUAAUAGAAUUUACAGUGGGGCAUUCAUCUCAACAAAACGUUAAGAUGUCUUGGGCCAAAUUGUUGAAGAAGAAGCGACCUUUUUGCUAUAGUGUUAAGCUUGCACCUUAUGCUGCUACCAGAGUUGUGAGUUUCCUGACCACAUUAAUCAAGACCACAGUAUUUUUAUGAUAAGUGUGUCAGUAUCCUAUUUUUUAAGUUGUCAAGGACAAUCUGUAUGCAUAAAGUUAGAGGGUUCCCAUUAGACUAAAGGUGGAUUUAAUCUCUUGGACAGGGAGAGUAUGGGGGGCUGGGUAAGGCCAUAGCCCUGAGAAUAUGCUUUGCAGGUUGAUUGGUAGACUGAGUCAUGCUUUUGGAUUCUCUGGCUCUACUACUGUGUCUAAAGAUGUCCUGAGUCUUUUCUAGUUCUGCUAUAUGAAUUUGGAAAACAGCACUUAACUACCUCAGUAGUAUAGAUUAGCUCAUUGGCAUUGCUUCUUCUUUGUGUGAUAUUUUGGGUCGGAAUUCCCAUUUAAUGUGCAAGCAUGACAGGAUUUUUAUUGCAAUUCAAAUCUUUAAAAAAAAAAUUAUAGGCAGGACAAGUUCUUAUAUAAAAUUUGACUGAAAAUGGAAGGUUUCCUCUUUCUCUCUAAUGUUAUUCUGAAUGGGGAGCUUGUAGAAGGGGCAAAGAGAAGGCGAAGUAAUCAUCUCCAUCCAUUUUACAUUGCGUAUGCGAUGGUUACUACUGAUAUGGGUAUUUUAUAUUGGGUAUCUUCAUGUUUGCCAAAAACAGUCUUGAUCAUUUUGCUUUCUUUAUGACCACAUAUAACCAACCAGGGAUAAACUGGCCAUAAGAUAAAAUACUUGGUUCACUUUUUUCCCCCUCAACUUGAUGUCUCCCAAUUUCACUCUCUAUAAGAACACCAGGAACUAAAUCUUGAGGCUGGGUACCUGCCAUAGUAAAGCUGUUGAAAACCUUGAAGAUAUCUAGGCAUUUUUGCAAAACACCUAUGGGUAACACGCUUUGUUGCGUGUGUGUGUGUGUGUGACGUUGGCUCCUUUUAUCUCAGUAUUGCCUUUCAUUACUUAUUCAUAUACUAGAUUGUCUGUAAGUUCAACAUAGGUACAAGCCAUCACUGGGUUAUUUUUCUACUGGGUUCAUUUGAAAAUUAAUUGAUAAUUAUCUUUAAAGCAUUAUCAAUGUUAAUAUUUGUUACUACUAAAUGCACGGUUUCAUUUGCAAAACUCCCGAUGAUUUCUGCUUGAUAUUCUAAACCUUUUUUUCUAAGCCUUUUGUGUUGGAUGAAAAACAAAAUUUGUUUCAUUACAAAUUAAUUCUAGGAUGCAAUCCUUUGAAUGCUUGCUAGAAGAAUUAUUGAUGGCCGUAAAGGACAGGCGUCUAGACCAGGUCACUGUACGAAACCCUUAGGAGACGCCCAAACUAAGUCAAGCACUGAAGGGGGAUUUGGAAUUCUGACAUACGUUUCUGUCUCUGAUUUCCUUUUAUAUGACCUUUUCAUGCAAGAGCGGAUCAUGUGAAUGUCUCCUCCUCAGCUAUUAACUGGGAGAGCUAAGGAAUCCCUCAGGGAAAUAAUAGGAAGUCUCAGUCCAGCAAUAAAGACUUUGAUCCUUUCUUUGCUAUAGCUGAAUCACUGUGGAAAAGAUGGGAAAAUGCAGAAUUUCCACAGUGAAGAUCCACUGCUAUACAAAGUAAAGUGUUAUAGGAGGUACGAGUCUGGCCUAUCAGUGUGGGAGCACAAACUACCCCUAAAGAGCAGAGGAUAUCUUCUUAAAAGAGCUUUCUGCAAGGUAAUUUAAUGGCAUGCAGUGGUUUGAAAGUAUCAGACUGAACUCCCAUUCAGGCUAUGUGAUUGGAGAAUGAAAUAUUUAGAUUAUUAGAACAUUAUCACUAACAGCAAUAUAAUAUUCAAUAUGGCUGUCACCUUAUUUGAAAACAAUAAAAUGUACUCAGCACUAAAAGUUUGAAGUACAUAACUCAGAUUUGUCUUCAUUAUUAUUCAUAAGCUACUUUGGAGUCUUGUAGAUGUGGCUUUGAAAAUUGAAUUUACAUACAUGAUUCUUGUUAUUUUCAUGGGUCCUGGAUAAAGGGGAAUUUAUUUGAUACAUAGGGCACUGUUUCCACGAGUAUGCUCGUGCACCACAUAACAUCCGUUUGUCCAACUGCAUGUAUGCCCAUGGUCCCAUAAGGUUAUAAUAGAGUUCAGAAACCGUAAUUGGAGAAUGGGACAUAGCGGACCUAACUUCAAAAACAAAGAAAAAAUUCUCCAAGCUGUUAAAGGAUGGGCUCCACUGAAAGCUACGAGACUCGUGAAAACGUGAGAGGAACCUAUAUCAGAUAUGGAGAAAUUGCUGAUGAUAUGGAUUGAGAACCAAACACAAAAGCAAAUCCUUCUCAGCGUGUUGCCAUCAUUGAUGAGACAAGAAGCUUGUUUGAGAUGCUUAAAGAAAAAGCAGGACCAGACUACCAUAUCGACUUUAGUGCUAGUUCUGGGCGGUUGAAGGGCUUCAAACAACGUUUUUCGCUGCAUAAUGUGAAAGUGAGUGCUGAGUCUGCAGAAGAGUUUGUUGUAGCCUUAGAUAAACUAGGUGUUGGCACAACGAUGCGGUCACAUAACGUCCUAUUUCACAGAACAUAUCGUGGAUGUUGGAAACCCUGGUGGCGUAGUGGUUAAGUGCUACAUCUGCUAACCAAGAGGUUGGCAGUUCAAAUCUGCCAGGCACUGCUUGGUAAUUUCUAUGGGGCAGUUCUACUCUGUCCUAUAGGGUCACUAUGAGUCAGAAUUGACUUGACAGCAGUGGGUUUGGGUUUUGGGUAUUGUGGAUGUUAAGUGACGCAUGACUGUGUUUGUUCACAUUUAUGUGUCUUUUUUUAAAGAACCACUGAAGGAGUCCUGGUGGCUUAGUGGCUAAGUGUUCUUUUGCUAACUGAAACAUCAGCAGUUCAGACCCAUUAGCCACUCUGAAGGAGAAAGAUGUGGCAGUCUGGUUUCCUAAAGAUUACAGCCAUGGAAACCCUAAGAGGGUAGUUCUACUCUGUCCUAUAAACUAAACAGUGGGUUUGGUUUGGCUGGAAAGAUCCAUUGACUUUACAUAAUAAAAUGAGUGCAGGGUUUAUCUGAUGACUUUAUUCUCACCUCUUCCUUGCUUUUUCUUUGGCAGUAUCUGGUCACCAUGGGUUGGCUGUCCUCACAUCUUUUUUUUUUAUCCACAUAGUAAAUUGUAAUUAGAAAACUCUGACCUAACAUUACCUAGUGGAGCCCUGGUGGCAUAAUGGUUAAGAGCUUGUCUGCUAACCAAAAGAUCAGCAGUUCAAAUCUACCUGCUGCUCCUGGGAAACUCUAUGGGGCAGUUCCACUCUGUUGUGUAGGGUUGCUAUGGGUCAGAAUCAACUUGACAGCAACAGGUUUGGUUUUGGUUUUAACAUUAACUAAGUCAAAAAGGGAAACCCUGGUGGUGUAGUGGUUAAGAGCUAAGGCUGCUAACUAUAAAGGUCAGCAGUUCAAAUCCAUCAGGUGUUCCUUGGAAACCCUAUGGGACAGUUCUACCCUGUCCUAUAGGGUCACUGUGAGUCAGAAAUGACUUGACAGCAAUGGGUUUGGUUUUGGUUUUAACAUUACUUAAGACAAAAAGGUGGAAACUACACAAAUAUUCUAUGUAGACUCUUAAAAUAUGUUGGUUCAAAUGUGACACCUGAGCUAGCUAUUCAUUUGUAUGCUUGUUCUACAAGCAUGACUUCUAUUUCAUGAUUUUUAGGCAGUUGGUAUCUUUGUGUCAUGUCUGUGUUUUCAACAAAGGGUACUGGACAUCUGUCAGCCCCUGAACUGAAUUUCCAUUUUGCAAUGGAAGGAGAAGGCAGCACAUUUAUUCCGUAGGGAACAAUUGAUUUAGGAGAAUAACUUAUCUUUAUUAAAUGGAAAUGUUUUAGGCUAAGACAAAAAUGGGUCAAGUUUUCUUUCCUAAAAUGUUUCUAACAAUUCCCAGUAGGGAUGGGUGGGGCUAGUGUCCCCAUUUACAGUCCAGCUGCGAUGAGUCAUGGCUCCUAGCUCGUUCUAUUCCCAAGUGUGUGAUAAAUGCAGAAACAUGUGUGAAGGUCACAAUCUGCAAACCGGCUGCAGUGUAUUCCGCAAAGGAUCCUGGCUGGAGAUGGGAAUGGAGGAAGGUAGUAUAAUAUAAUGGACGAUGAAGGGAAUUUGCCUGGAAGUUGUCUGGAUUCGUACAUUUUGCAAAACCUUACACUACUCCUAUGAGUUAAUAAGACGUGGGUUAAACCAUUCCCCUAGAAUAAUAAGACACAGGUUAAAACAUUCCCCCCAGCCAAACCGUUACAGUUACAACCUAGAUUAUGUGAUUUCCCAUUCUGGUUUUGUUGUUGUUUUCUUUAGAUGUACUUCUUUUAGAGAUUAGGGGCAUAAAUAGGAAAAAAGUAACCAUGGUAUCAGAAGUAUAGUCAUUUAUAUAUCAAGUCUAUGUGAUGAUCGUUAAGCGAUAGUGAAAACACCAUAAUAUAUAUUCAGUAUGAAGUGUGGAUAAUGAAGGACUUCUCGUUUUUCAUUUUGUUUGUAAUUGCAUUUUACCCAAUGUGGAACAUAUAAAUUCAUGUUACUUCAUUAUUUUCUUGACGUUUUCUAGUCUUAAUAGAAGUUAAUUAGAAAUAUAAAUUUAAAAGUCUUUCAUGUAUAUAGAAUGAUCUUGCUUCUAUCUUGUAUGUAAUGGUGUCAUUUUCAUUAUAAUAAACAUCUGUUUCAAAAACCUAUCGACUUUUUUUUGUCAGAAGAAAAUGUAGAUUUUAGCAACAGUUGAAUUGUAAUUACUGUUCAAUGAUGCACACACAAGUGAGCAUGAUGUGAAAAUGAAAAUCAUUCUUUGAUUUCUCUUUUUAUAGUGAGAUGUAGGAGAACUAGAUGCUAUCUGGAACCCAAUUGUUGCCUCAUUUUAACGAUGAUGAGUCAUUAUUCGGCCUCUCUUAAACGUUACUCUUUUAAACUUUUAAAAGCUUUCAUUUUUCCUCAUCUGCUUAAGGCAGGGAUGGAAAGAAAACUGAAGGAGUUGAUGAAAGUAACAUUACACAGGGUAGUUACCACCAGCUGUCUUGUAGCAAGAAGGAACUGGUGACCUGUCUACAGAGAAGUAAUAAAUAUGGCAACCGCAAUCUAAGGCAAUCUUGCACAUGAAAGGAAGAAAAUCAGUGACCACUUACUGAAGCAGGCAGUUUGCUGUGCAUCAGCCUCAGGAAACUUGAUCUUCAGUUUUUUCUCCCUACAUCUGUGUGGUGUCCUGCUGGCAACAAGACCCGAAGAAAUCAGGAGGGUGAUCUUGAUUUGACUCCAAAGACCUUAUUAUAAAAACACAAAGUGGGAGAAAUGUGUCAAAUAAAUACCCAUUGAUUGAUUAAUUUGUGACCUACUUUUUGGAGAAAGAGUGAGUAAUAACCCUCUUCUUAAGAAAUCUGGUCAGGACACACCCUAGUCACUCAGCUCAUGCUGUCAGGAUACUGGUUCACAUUCUAGGUCCUCCUGGAUUUAUAUCCCGUCUGAGCUAGGCCUCGGUGGUCUGUUCCACAUAAACUAAACUUCACAUUAUCUUUUCGUUAAAACAUACAUAGCUCCUGUCCAAUUUUUUGUCUGGUUCUUCUUUAGGUCAAAUUUAUCCAUGCUAAUAUAAAAAUUCAUCUCUACUUUCUGUGGAUGGAGUUGCGAGACUUUGAUCUACGUCAAGUAUGAAGAUAUUUGUUUAAUCUUCAAAAAGAAUUUUUGUUUUUAGAAAUUUUAUUCCUUGUUUAUUUUUUUAUUAUGUAGGGCAUAAUAGAAUAAAGGCACCAGCGAGCAGGGCACUUCUUCUCCUUCUGAAACAGAAACAAAAAACAACUACUGUGCAGACAGAUGGGUAGUUGGUUAAAUCUGUCAGUUUUAUUCAAGUUCAUGUCUUUUUUGAAAGUGUUGAUGUGCCUUCAAAAUUGACUGUGCCUGUCCUACACAUAGGAGCAAUUGAUUGUGAUGUUCCCUCUUGGUUUUUCAAGGUUUCCUAUGAGGGAAGAAUUGCCUGUCUUCCCAUUUAUGUAACUCAGUCCUUGCAGAGGGGCUGGUAUCAUGGUGCUCCAAGGACAGGCCCUGAAGAAAGAUGGCUUCGUGCCAGGUUCCUCUGGGAAUUAUGUCCCCUGAUACAGUGUAGGUACUUGGAAGCAUUUAUUUGACUCCGUGCUUCUAGAGGACAGUCAUUAGGUUUUCUCAGCACUGGAUAAUGAGCAAAUACUCAAGGAGGUUGAGACCGCUGCUGCUGCUGUGAAACCAUCAAAGGUUUGUAUGGUAACAAAACGAAUGUUAGCUAUUGUCUUCCCAAUGACAAAGGUGGGAAACCAAAUUUUGACUUAGAUUUUAAAUUGCUAUCAUUUGGAAGGCAUGGAAAAAUAAUGUAGAUUAGAAGUUUUAAAAAGUCUGAGGAAGUACUAAAUUGGGGCUUUUAUCCUUUAAUUAUUUGAAAACAGAUGUUGGUUUGAGUGAUAAUUGCUUAAGAUGCUCCUCCGCCUGCCUUUUUUCUUUUACCAUACCCCCAGUGCUGUUGAGUCGAUUCCAUGGACACCACUUUUCUACUUUUUUUAAGUUAUUAUAUAGAAAGCUUCUGAGAAAUAAUUUUUUUUUCUCAAAGAAUUUGUGCUUUCUGGUAUUUCAGUACCUUAUUUACUAUCAAUGAGAGAAAGCUAAUGAUCUUUUCUAUUUUAUUAUAAUUUGAGGUACAGUGAAUAAAAUGAGCAUGUGUGUCUCAUUGUACCAUUUAGCAACAACUUCAUUUUCGAUAAAUCAGUACUCUGCGUUGCAGUUUUGUCACUGCAGUUUCUUGAGUUAGAGCUGCCUGCUGCAACCAGCCAAUUCUUGAGAUGGAUGGGGUGGGUAGUAAGAGCUUUAUUAUAUAUACCGGUAUAUGGAGACAGACGGGAAUGAUCUCCUCCUAAAGCUGUCUGUCCCCAGAAACUGCAGUCCAGUUGGGGUUUUCUAGGGAAAAAGGGACAGAAUGGAAUGUCCAUUCUUUUUCUGUGUGGUUUAGGUGAUCACAUCUCAAACAUGUUGAUCUUUCUCUGCCAUUAUCCCGUCAGCCCAGGGGGUGACUGGUGCCAUCCUGAUGAGCAUUGUCCUGUUUGACAGGCUUAGGUAGGUAUCACUUGUUUUUCCACAGCCCUAGGGGAAACAUUGGUUAACAUUUAACUUUUAGAGGAGCUAAUUUUAAUCGCAAAAUCAUACUUGGAGACAGAGACAGGCUAGGGGAGAGAAAAAUGGCACAGGUUCUGUUCAUGAUAUGGCUGAGCAGUCUGCUCUAAUCCCCCCUUUUUGUUGUAGGUUUCUCAGUCUUGGGAAACAGGGCAUCGUGUCUCUCUAGCUGCUUCCUGCUGGAGCGGGGUCAUAGAGGCCUAAAGGUUAGAGGAGUGGAACUUUUGUGUUGUCUGAGUUAAACUAGUCUAUCCCUCUUGUGUCUAUACUGGCCCUUUAUUGGGCUAUUGUCUGUCUUCUUGAUGAAGGAUGGGUUGAAAUCCCUGAGCAACCAUCAUUUUGAGCUGGAACUUUCGAAUCACUUGAAAUGACUCCACCAUUCGGGAAGAAGGCACCAACUCAUUAAGGCAUAUACCAAGACACAUAAGCUUGUCUAGAGAGAGGAACAACACAAGCAAAGGAUAAAAUAGAAAUUAGUAAAAGGGCUAGAGCAAAAACAACUCUUAAUACCUCUACCGCACUUAUUUUUAUGAUACUUAUUUACCAGUCUUUGUUUUGUUCCUUGAACAGCCACUUAAGUCUUUUAACUGGUUCAUAUAUUUAAAAAGGCAAAAGUGGGAAAUGGAAAAGAUGCUGCUAGAGUCAUGUCUGUCCAAGUCCUAAGAAUAUUACAGGGUACAAAAUGGGCAAAACCAUUGAAAGUUUCACCUUUUCACAGAUUGGCUAGAAACCGUGAUCUUACAUAUUGAAUUGUAUUUCUUAACAGUCGUUGGUAUUGGUACAGGUUUCAGUAACCGAAAGGAGGGUCUUCGUUGGUCCAACAAAUUUUCUAUUCACUAAAUGCUAACAAUAAAAAAAGAGGGGAAAGUCUUUUGUGUUGUGUUUGAUAGGCUUUAUGAGAAAUGUUCCCUAAAAGAUAUUUUUCUUUCUUAAAAGGCAAUUUGCAAGAUUGUCUUGUCUGUUGUCUUUAUCUCAGGACUCAGUCGAUAUGUCUUUGUGAGUCUUUGUGAGCUCUUGUCAGCCCAGCUCCAGCUGGGUCACAUUCUCAAUGUUCAAGGACAGGGAAUAAUGUUUAAAUCAUUCUCUCCUUUUGAUUGGAGAUUGGAGAUAACACAUUGAUGAUCAAUACCUGGACUUAGUCGAGCUCCUAGAUGGCAGCCAUUUCAGGCUCUUUAAACUCACAAUGCUGGUUUUCCACUGGAUACCAUCUGGUUCUUCAUCAGAAUCUUAAGUAAGAGCAAAGUUUUCCUCAAUUGCAGACUCUGUGUACAUCAACAUUUUAGCCCAAGGCUUUUCUUUUGCCUUUUAAGUGUGUAAGACAAUAGAGGACAAAUUCUAUUAUGCCUAAUACUAUCAGGGCUAUCCCUUGCAGUAGUGAUCUAGCUCAUGUGCUUAUUUUUGAUGGUAACCAACCAAAUAACUCAAAGCUUGAAUUUUUUCCUCAGUUUUUUCAGCCUGAGAAAUGCCGAGUGCAUUCUUCUCUUUUCAUUUUCUAUCUCCAGCUCUUUGCACAUGUCAUUAUAAUACUUUACUUUGUCUUCUUGAGCUGCCCUUUGAAAUCUUCUGUUCAGUUCUUUUACUUCAUCAUUUCUUCCUUUUGCUUUAGCUGCCUGAUGUUUGUGAGCAAGUUUGAGAGCCUCCUCUGACAUCCAUCUUGGUCUUUUCUUUCUUUCCUGUCUUUUCAAUGACCUAUUGUUGUCAUUCCACAACUUGUCUGGUCUUUGGUCACUAGUGUUCAAUGCAUCAAAUCUAUUCUUGAGAUGGCCUCUAAACUCAGGUAGGAUAUACUCAGCAUCAUAUUUUGGCUCUUGUGGACUUGCUCUGAUUUUCUUCAGUUUCAGCUUAAACUUGCAUAUGAGCAAUUGAUGGUCUGUUCCACAGUCGGCCCCUGGGCUUGCUCUGACUGAUGAUAUUGAGCUUUUCCAUUGUCUCUUUCCAUAGAUGUAGUCAAUUUGAUUUCUGUGUGUUUCAUCUGGCAAGGGGAAAAUAUUAAAUGAUGCAGGAAGCAUCAAAAGAAGAUGGAAGGAAUACACAGAGUCAUCAUACCAAAAAGAAUUAGUCAAUGUUCAACCAUUGGGAGAGGUAGUAGUAGCAUAUAAUCAGGAUCUGAUGGUAUUGAAGGAAGAAGUCCAAGCUGCUCUGAAGGUAUUGGCAAAAAACAAGGCUCCAGGAAUUGAUGAAAUAUCAAUUAAGAUGUUUCAACAAACAGAUGCAGUGCUGGAGGUGCUCACUCGUCUAUGCCAAGAAUAUGGAAGACAGUAUCCUGGGCAACUGACUGGAAGAGAUCCAUAUUUAUGCCUAUUCCCAAGAAAGGUGAUCCAGCCUAAUGCAGAAAUUAUAAAACAAUAUCAUUAAUAUCACAUGCAAGCAAAAUUUUGCUGAAGGUCAUUCAAAAGUGGCUGCAGCAGUAUAUCAACAGGGAACACCCAGAAAUUCAGGCUGGUUUCAUAAGAGGACCUGGAACCAGGGAUAUUGCUGAUGUUAGAUGGAUCCUAGCUGAAAACAGAGAAAACCAGAAGGAUGUUUACCUGUGUUUUACUGACUAUGCAAAGGCAUUCGACUAUGUGGAUCAUAACAAAUUAUGGAUAACAUUGCCAAGAAUGGGAAUUCCAGAACAGUUAGUUGUGCUCAUGAUGAGCCUUUGCAUAGAUCAAGAGGCAGUUGUUCAGACAGAACAAGGGGAUACUCUUUGGUUUAAAGUCAGGAAAGAUGUGUGUCAGGGUUGUAUCCUUUCACCAUACCUAUUCAAUCUGUAUGCUGAGCAAAUAAUCCGAGAAGCUGGACUACAAGAAGAACAGAGCAUCAGGAUUGGAGGAAGACUCGUUAACCUGCAUAACCUGCGUUGUGUAGAUGACAAAGCCUUGCUUGCUGAAAGUGAUAAGGACUUGAAGCACUAAUGAAGAUCAAAGGCUGCAGCCUUCAGUAUGGAUUGCACCUCAACAUAAAGAAAACAAAAAUCCUCACAACUGGACCAAUGAGCAACAUCAUGAUAAAUGGAGGAAAGAUUGAUGUCAAGGAUUUCAUUUUACUUGGAUCCACAAUCAACAGCCAUGGAAGCAGCAGUCAAGAAAUCAAAAGACGCAUUGCAUUGGGCAAAUCUGCUGCAAAGGACCUCUUUAAAGUGUCGAAAAGCAAAGAUGUCACCUUGAAGACUAAGGUGUGCCUGACCCAAGCUAUGGUAUUUUCACUUGCAUCACAUACAUGUGAAAGCUGGACAAUGAAUAAGGAAGACCAAAGAAGAUUUGACACCUUUGAAUUGUGGUGUCGGUGAAGAAUAUUGAAUAUACCAUGGACUGCCAAAAGAAGGAACAAAUCUGUCUUGGACGAAGUACAACCAGAAAGCUCCUUAGAAGCAAGGGUGGCGAGACUGCAUCUUACAUACUUUGGACAUGUUGUCAGGAAGGAUCAGUCCCUGGAGAAGGACACCAUGCUUGGCAGAGUACAGGGCAGCGGAAAAGAGGAAAACCCUCAACGAGGUGAUUUGACACAGUGGCUGCAACAAUAAGCUCAAGCAUAACGAUUGUAAGGAUGGCGCAGGGCUGGGCAGUGUUUCGUUCUGUUGUGCAUGGGGUCGCUGUGAGUCGGAACCGACUCAGCGGCACCUAACAACAACAACCAAAUAAAUCUCGUCUUUGUAAGGGUGUUACAGUGUGUGACCAAGUAGCUUGUUGUCUAGUUGUAUGUGUUCUACUUUUUCUGUGUUAUUUAUCCAAAUGCAACAAGAAGUAUUUUUUACAGCACAGAUUAUACUUUUUUGGGGGGGGGGGAUAAAAAAUCUCCAGUCUAUUUCGUUAUCUCAUGUCACUUCAGCUUAAUGAGAUCGAUGUUGUGCUUCUGUCCCAGGAGCAGUUUUGUCUAUUAUUUGUCCCAUGGUGAUUGAUUAACUUCUUAAAGGUUUUUCUAAUUCAACUAUAUCAUAAGUAGGAAUUAAAUCUACCAACCACACCCUGACUGUUGGACCAAUGGGCUUUCUUCUGACUCUCGUUUUACAAUAGGUAACAAUUUAAUAUUCCCUUUCUAAUAUUUACUAGCAUCAUUACUAUGAAUAUCUAAAGGUAAUCUUAAGGUUCUCAGAGUGCAUUGUCCCAUGCAUUCGUCAGGACUCUCAACAAGAGAUUACUUGUAAAUUCACUGUCAAUUGGAAAGGGAUCACCUAAAUUAGUUGAAUCUAUCACACAAAAAACAUACAUCCAUAAAGCACACACAGUUUGUCUAGAGAAAACAGAAAGGUAUGGAAAAAUUUACAUGUGACAAACAAGCUUCUAGUAAAGAAUACAUGAUUAGCAAGAAAAUACAUGAUGGACUUCUGUUGGAGGUUUCCAGUCAGUUUGCAUAAAACAUACGAAGUGUUAGGGGAAGCUGCCCCUCCUUGGUUUAUGUAUUAACAGUCAUGGGUCAGUUUUUCAGAAGCAGAAGUGAAACCUAAGACAAAACGGAGUCCGAGCUAUGAGGUCGAUCUCCUCUGAGAGGAGAUAGCAAGGGGGUGAGAGUUCGACUAUAAACAUUGUCUUGAAGACUGAUUAAACUGAUUACUGAUUUACCCUGAACAUAAUUCCCAGUCUGAUCUGUGGAGUCAGUUUCUCAAAACAGACUGAAUUCUAAAAAAAAGCACAAUGUCCGGAGCAAAAUGGUCUUGCUAGUUUAUCUGGACAAUUGUUUAACUCAGUGUGGCUUCAGGAAUCAGUUUUUUCCUCAAAGCUCAAGGUUCAAAAGGACAUCCAAAGGUGAUGGCCUGUGUAGGUUGUCCCAAGCUCCAUGAAAGCCAGAAGUCUGGAUUCUAGGAGAAUCACAUACAACUCUCUCGUGGUUCCCUCCUUUGGAUCAUGAUUUUGUUAUAGAAUCUUUGAUCAAAAAAUGCUCAAUAAAUGGUAAUUGGGCACUAUCUGGUUUAUAAGAUCCCAGGCACCAUACAGCAAAUCAGGAGGUAGAAUAGAAACACUAACAAUAAUAUUAGGCCAAUAGCCUGAAAUAUCUAAUGAAACCGUGACUCUAAGCUCUUCCAACCAAGGAAACAAAUCUCAUGAGAUGUUUUUUUAAGCAAAAGCAGCAUCAGUAACUGCUUUUUAUGUGCCUCAGUAGCAGCUAUAGUCUGCAAAACCUCAGCUUGUGUAUUAAUAUAAAUAUAGCAACAAUUAACUAUUGAGGCAUAAAACUAUUCCGAGAGAACUAAUAAGAAAUCUAAUCCUAUUUUAAUUUGUAAAAUCACAGGUCAAAUUUUAGACACUUUUUUGGUUAUGAUAUUUACAACUUUGUUAAAUUUAUCAACAGGAAUUUCUAACUCAAGAGUUAAAAUAUUGAAACCCACUAGUUAGAUAACUUAAGAGAAAGAAGUGUGACCCUAACAUUCCCCAGCAUGUUUUCUUUUUCAAAGUGGGCGGCAGAGAGGUUGACAUAACUAACACCAUGAUAAACCUAUUUUUCUCCUUCCUCUGCUUGCCUCUUCCUUCACAUACCUCUGUUAAUGACUUUGUUCUUUGUUUUAAUCUGAGGCAAACAACUUUGUUUUGUUCUGUCUACCUGUGACUUACAACCCCCCCACAUGGAGAUUAGAGCCCAGGUGUCUGAUAUGCAUGCCUUUAACCCGGUAAAGAGGUGUUCCAACAUGUGUCUCUUCAGUCAAAGAGUCCCCUGUCACUAUUCUGCAAUGAAAAACUGUUCCAGCUGUCUGCGGGCUACAAAAACACUUACAAGCCCUAUAAAAUCCCACACAAACUCUAAUGCAAAAUCACUCCCUGGACUCCACAGAGACAGCCUACCUGUGCUACUGCCGGGUCCCAGGUGAUGUACACAUCCCCUAACAAACCUCCUCACUCCUUCUGAUUUGGAGCACAUUUCAUUGGCUCAACUGCUCCAGGGCAUGGACCCUAAUCUGGUAGCUGGAGGAAAAUGGUUUCUUAUAUCUAGAAAGUAGGACCUUAAACAUUGCUUAUUUCUAGAAUGAUAGACUUUAAAACAUUAGCAAUAUUUUCACAUAAAACUGUAUUAUCUUUUCUUUUACUCAGUCUUAUGUAGUUAAUUUCUGUUCUAAGUGAUUCUGGAUCAACCGCAGUUUGCGAACCUAUCAGUUUUUGCGUAGGAUUUCUGGAUAUCUUGAUCGAAUCUAGUCACAGUCUCUUUCAUGAGUCCAAUAUAGUCCACAUUUUUUGUUGAAAUAUCCUGGUGAAAUGUUUUCAGGAAAUCAGCAAAGUAACAACUUAUCUGUAGAUGACAAAACUUAAUAUGGCCACGAUUAAUUUAUGAACGUAACUCUUAAUAGUGAAAGACCUGAUAGAAGUUAAUUACAAGCAUAAAGGCCAAAUAAAAUCAGUUAAAAAAUAGAUAAAAGCAUUUCUAAAUAUAACCAUUAACCAUAUUUUAAAAAAGCUUUAGAUAUAAUACAUAAUAAUUUUGAGACAAUACCGUACAGUCAGGAUAUAUUAAGAAUAUACCAAGAUUACCAAGUCUCUAAAUACCUGAAUAAUAAUAAAAAUAACUUCAUAGGUAAAU